GGCAAUGAGUAAGUCUCACGAGAUCUGAUGGUUUGAUAAGGGGAAACCCGUUUCACUUGGUUCUCAUUCUCUCUUUUGCCUGCUGCUAUGUAAGACGUACCUUUUGCCUUCCACCAUGAUUGUGAGGCCUCCCCAGCCACGUGGAACUGUAAGUCCAGUUAAACCCUUUUUCCUGGAUAAAUUACCCAGUCUCGGUAUCCGGAGUGUGAUGCAGAAAUAUCUUGCAGAGAGAAAUGAAAUAACCUUUGACAAGAUUUUCAAUCAGAAAAUUGGCCUAACAGGAAGCAUGACUGGGAGGCCUCAGGAAACUUACAGUAUGGCAGAAGGCAAAGGGGAUGCAAGCACCUUCUCCAUGUGGCGGCAGGAGAGAGAGAGAGUACGCGAAAGGCAGGUCCUACGCUUUUAAACCAUCAGAUCUUGUGGGAACUCACUCUUACUAGAACAGCAAGGAGGAAAUCCGCCCCCAUGACCCAGUCACCUUCCACCAGGCCCUUCCUUCAACACUGGGGAUUAUAAUUCAACAUGGGAUUUGGGCACGGACACACAUCCAAAACAUUUCAGAGGCCUCUUAGAAAGCUAGAGGCUGUGAGAGACGAUGCUGGCCUUUGGACCAUUGGGGUUGCCGUGGAAGUAGACAGAAGCCAUGGAAGUCCCAAUUUUGAAGAUAGAGCCAAUAGAAUUGGUUCCUGCUCCAGCGUGGCUCCUGGACUGGCCCCAGGUGCUGGCCCCGGGGGUUUCAAUCCAAGCAUACUUCACUGAAGCAUGUGUUUGGCAGCAGGACCCAGCUCACCGUUUUAGUUGGAAUCUGGCUGCAUUGCCCAGGCUGGAGUGCAAUGGUGCGAUCUCGGCUCACCAUAACCUCCGCCUCCCAGGUUCAACCGAUUCUCCUGCCUCAGCCUCCUGAGUAGCCGGAAUUAUAGGCAGCAACUGGAAACAACCCGAGUGUCCGUCAGCUAGAGAAUGGAUAGACCCACGUGGUCUGUGCAUACAGUGGAGUACUGCUCAGUUACACAAAGAAAAGAAACUAUGGAUACAGGCCACAGGAGGGAUGAACUUCAAAACAUUACAAUGAACUAUACAGCCCAAAAUUCCUACCGUCCCCCUGAGGACCGCCUGAGUUUAAAAUUUCUACCACCAAGUGAGGAAGACAGUGAUGAUGCCAAGAUUUUACCAUCACGUGUCCAGGCUUCUCCUGAGGACAACCUGGGUUUAAUAUGCCUACCACGAAGUGAAGAUGAUGACUGUGAUGAUGCUGAUGAUGAUGAUGCCCAGAUUUUACCAUCACCUGUCCAGGCUUCUCCUGAGGACAACCUGAGUUUAGUAUACCUACCACGAAGUGAAGAUGAUGACUGUGAUGAUGAUGAUGAUGUCCAGAUUUUACCAUCACCUGUCCAGGCUUCUCCUGAGGACAACCUGAGUUUAAUAUGCCUACCACGAAGUGAAGAUGAUGACUGUGAUCAUGAUGAUGUCCAGAUUUUACCAUCACCUGUCCGGGAGUGGAUUCUGGAGAAUCUCAGCAGGGAAGAGGAUGCCUUUCCAGCUUCUCCUGAGGACAACCUAAUUUUAAUAUGCCUACCACAAAGUGAAGAUGAUGACUGUGAUGAUGAUGAUGUCCAGGGGAAUAGCCCAGCAUCCACUCGGUUUAGGCUUGUUAAUCAAUCGCCUCCAUACAGCACAUCCAGCAAAGCUCCCUGA